GACCAUAGUUGACAGGGCUCUCUACGAACCCUGUAGUCCAUAGAUUCAGUCAGUCUUAAGUUGAGUCAGUUAGGGGGAGAGUCUAAGCGGUGAGGAGCGGAACUGUCACUUGGUUGUGCACCUUUCACCAUGGUUGACACACGUACAGGAACGAGCACCUCCCCUUACACAGCAGAGCAGGAUGCGAAGGCCGCCGCCAUCCUGAAAGAAAGAAGGGAGAAGAAGGAGGCCAAGAAGAAGGCCUUGAUAGAAGAACAGGCGGCGAAGUUGAAAAAGAUUAAGGAGGAGAUGGCCAGAGAUAAAGAGAGGCUAAAGAGAGAAGAAGAAGAGAAGCUCAAGGCGGUAGAAGAGGAGGAAGAGGUAGAAGAACAGCCACUGGAAAGGCGAAGGGCAGGAGGAAGAGGUGAAUCCAGUGGUACAAAAGAAGAUCAGAUGGAGAAGAAAAUCACAGGGUGGGUUGUUGGGUUAUCCCUUGGGGAAGAAGAGGAGGCACUGAUGUAUGUGCCCAGGGAAGAACAAGAGGCCGCCAUGAAAGAGUGGGAUGUCGAAGAAGACCCACUCAAGCGGCAGGCGAUAGAGGAUGAGAAGAAGAUGGAGUGGAAAUUUCGAUUGACGAGGGAGAGGAAAAGAAGAAUGGAGGCGGCGAGGCAGGCGGCGAAAGAAUUAGCGGAGGUAAAGAAGCAACGAGAGCAGAUGGCGACGCAAGUGGAUUUAUUGGGGAAGAUGGAGAUAAUGGCGAGAAACAUAGAGCGCCUGGCACAGGUCCAGGAAGAACAAUACUUGUUUGGUAGAGGUCAGGACAUUGUUGUAUGCUCUAUACGAUUAGGGCUCCGAGACUUCGCCAGGGAAUUGGCGACGCAGGUGGGCUCAGAGGUCAAGACCAAGGAUCGUUUGAUCCUUACGUUAGAUGAGGGUGGUGUCGACGAAGUUCCCUACGAGCAGAUUGAGUGGGGACUAGAGGAGGAGGACAGUGGCGUUAGUCAAGGGAGGACAUAUGUUGCUGUCGCGAUUGGAGGGAGGCCGCAAGGAGGAGGUAGAGGCCAAGGCCAAUGGGGUCAGGCCUCAGGGGGCCGCUCCCAGGGUGAUCAGGGGGUUGGUGGUAGAGGAGGAAACCGCCAAGCGGGAGGAAGGGGUCAAGGUCCCCCGCAAAACCGUUCUGGGAAUAGAUCGCCUAAUAGGGGCGUGGCCGAUGAGCUAAAGGAGAGGAUGCCCGCCUGGGCCAAGAUGAAGAAGGAGAGUAGAGGACAACUAGUUUUAGUAGAUGUAGAGAUUUUCAGAGGUAGAGUAGGGGCCCUCGUAGAUAGUGGGGCCACGCGCAGCUGUAUCAGUAGAAAGGCGCUGCAGAAGUUGAAGUUGGGGUUGAAAGUCCAGAAUUUAGCAGACCCCAUAGUGAGUAUCCUCGCAGACAAUCGCACGAUGCGAGUAGAGGAUUACGUAGCGGGAGUCCAGGCGUACUUUCUCCUAGAAAAAGAUGGGAAAGUGGAGAAAGUUAUCCAUUCCCUGACUCUCCUCGUCGAGGACAGCCUUCCCUUCGAUAUAGUCCUAGGAAUGGACUGGGGAGAGGCAGCAGGGGCCACACUCCAUUUGAGGGAACAUGAGUGUAGGCUCUCUAGCCCGUCAGGCGGGGUCAAGACUGCCCGUCUGUUUCAUGCGUCAGGAGUAGACAACUCCCUGGCACAUUGCUGCCUUAGCGCUCCUGCGUUUGCAAGGUUAGCGAAGAAGGAGCAGCUAGAGGAACAGGUUUCCGUACCCUAUAUUAGGCCAGUGACUAAGCCUGAAGAGGAGAAGCCUAUAGACCCAGCUAUUGCCAAGCUACUGGAAGAGUUCACAGACUUAGCUAAGCCGCCAACAUGAGUAGUAUCGCGGCCAAUCCAGCAUCCUAUCGAAAUAGAGUCUG